AGAGGCGCUUUGGGGCAGCCUAAAUAGCAUGUACAAGAUGCGGUCACGGACCAAGGAACAACAGGAGGAAGACGGUCUCUUCUACGACGCCCCGGACGAGGAGGCGGCACCGCUGCCGCCGCCGCGCUACCACUACCUGAAGAGAGUAGGGGCUGCCCUCAUGUUGGCAGUGAUGGUCUUCGCAUGCACCCGUCGCGACGCCGACGAGGAACCACCUCCACCACCACGCAUCGCGACCCCAACGCUUGACACGAAUUUACCCCACCCGCACGAGUGGGCGCCUCCGCAAAAGCGCCUCGUCCACUACAUCGACCUGACGCGGCCGCCGACGCCGCACCAGCAGAUGCGGUUAAUAUCGAGGAAUAAACCAGUUACCGCGAGUGUGCGAGGUAAUCUGGGCGAGGCCUCGGUCGUCACGAACGGUCUCAAAAACGACUGGCUGAAGGAUCGAUGGCAAGCGGCCAAAAACAUGCAGGGCGCGCCCAUCCCCGGCGCCCACUGGCUUUUGGUGGAUCUCGAAGCGACAUGCGUCGUCGAGCGCAUCGACGUCGAGUUCGAGUCGGCGUUCGCACGCGAUUACACUCUCAAAGGGCGGAGUAAAACCGGCGCCUGGGUCAGCCUGGCCGUCGGCGCUUCUGCUGUCGAGUCGCGACCCGCGAAGCAGCGCAUUUUGCAUCGUCUUUCUUCGAACUCGAUGGCGCCGGUCGACCAGAUCAAAUUAGACAUCGCGCGGCCGGGGACGCGGUGGGGGACGAGCGUGUGGGAGCUGGAUAUUUUUGGGACGUGUGCGGGGUAAGUAGUUGUUUUAUGA